ACUAACUAGAAAUCCAAUCUAGCGUCUUGAUCAGCUUCGAUCCGAAGGCAAAAGUCCCGAUCUGAUGCGUCGUCUCGCAAAGGAUGCGCAAAAAUGGGUUGAGCUUCGAAGCAUCUUGCAAGAUCAGGUCCGUGGUGCGAAGGAGUUUGUUACGGACUACUGUCAAUACUUCAACGCAAAUAAUACCCCUGAGGACCUACAGUCAGUUAUAGAAGAAUUUGAACAAAACACCAACACCCGUAUCGGCCAAUUAGACCAAACAAGCAGAGAUCUCCUACAAAUUGAAUUUGCAUGGGCUUCAAUCACGGAGACCAGAAUCUCAACUAGACUGGGACAAAAUGUCAUGCUGCUCACAUAUGCGCUCUGGGCCAUCCCAAAUAUUAAUGAAGGUAGUACGAGAAACCCCUUUAUUAUCACCUCGGUAAUUGUUGGCUUGGUAACCUUGCUUAUCGCCUUCAAUCUCGAGAAACUCUUGGGAUCUAUUGGACAGGUGUACAACUACUGGCGUACAAAGGUGAUCGAAGAUAUGCGAAGCGAUAAAAAUUGGAAAGAAAAAGGGGAAAGGCUUGAAGACCUAAACCCUACCUGGAAGAAUCCAUCUGAGUGGUGGCUUUUUGAAUACAUGGCAUACAAGGGAACUGGGUUAUUAACUGGAAGGAGGCGAAAUAAAAGGGAGCAGCCAAAACUGAAUACCGGAGGCACUUGCUAAUACGCCUCAAAGAUUGCUUUGAGUGAGAUAAAAUAAGUGAUCUAUUAAUGAUAAUAAUUUGGGUGUCUUAAUAGUAGAAUAAUUUCAAAUAAGUACUAGGAAUUAUCUACAUUAUAGUAGUAGCGUA